AUGCGCAUUUCAACCGUUUCCAUCCUGGCCCUUCCCCUCCUAGCCGCAACCCAAGAAUCUCCCCUCGAGCAGGCCAAAGCCCAAGCCCAACACUGGUUCGGCAAACUUCAAUCGUAUAUCCCAUCAGCCUCAUCCGAAUCUCCCAUCGAAGCCGCCGCUGCAAAAGUAGGCGAAGCGAAAAUCCACCACCUAACCCUCGACUCCUGGCAAGAAACCAUCCGCGGAAGCGUCACCCCAGAGUCCUCGCUGCCUCAAGAAUGGUGGGUUUUAACCACCGGCGGAAACAAAACCUGUUACGGUCUCUGCGGUAAAGUCGAAAAGGGAUUCAAUGAGUCUGCUGCGAUCUUCGCUCUCGAUCCUACGGCGCCUCAUAUGGCUCUCUUGAAUUGUGACGAACAACCCGUUCUGUGUAAUUCAUGGGGAGCAGGACCACCACAUUUAUGGACCAUGGAUGUCGGGGCUGCAGGCUCACCGGUUCCUAUUAUCACCAUUCCAUUGAAUACUACUUCAACAACCGUUACAACAUUCACGGAUUUACAUGCGACAAAGUCAUACAAGAAGAAGGCACCUUAUGAGGGUUGGUUCCAUCCUUUUGAUGGACAGCUUGCGCAAUAUGGUGCUGCGGUUCCAGUUGGAUAUGUACUUUGGUUCUUCACCAUUGUUCCCAGCUGGAUGUUCAUGAUCGGUAUUUCAUUCAUGAGCAGAACCAUCAUGAGCAAGCGAACUCUUGGUCCUCAAGGACCAGCAGCUGCUGGAGCUCGUCCACGCGCCGCUCCAGCUGGAGACGGAGUUACCUAUUAA